GAAGAUGAGACAGGCCAUGUUCUUCCUCUUGCUGGCUCUUCUAGGAACGCCUACUGGUGCCAGUGUUCCAAGUAAACACUUUCUCUUGUUGUUAUCUCUAGAUAUAUGACUCCCUAGAUUGACUGGGCAAAGCCUCUCAUAAUCAAUACUAAGAGUGAUAUCAGUUUCUAAGUAGCCAAGAGUACUGGUGUCUCGUUAUCAUUUACGACACGUCUGUUAUAGAAUAGAUAAUAACCACACACAAGGAACUAGAAAUUGGAAUGAGCAGAUUAGAAUGUUAUUGUCUCACGUGCACCAUUAAAAUGCUCUCCUGCAGUCAAAAAAUAUUAUCCUCCUGCAGAAAAUCUUGCCUUGCGUGGAAAAGCUACUCAGUCAAACCUCAUCGAGAACCCAUGGUCAGGUUAUAGCCAUCCCUCAAAUGCCAUUGAUGGGAACCGCAAUUCACAUUUCCAUCAUGGGUCCUGCGCUCUCACUGACUCUGAGACUAAUCCCUGGUGGAGAGUGGACCUGCUUGAUACGUACAUAGUCACCUCUGUCACCAUCACCAACAGAGGUGACUGCUGCCAUACAAAUAUCAACGGUGCUGAAGUUCGCAUUGGGAACUCCUUACAGGAUGAGGGCAUUCACAACACACUGUAAGACCACAAUUACUUUCAGGAAUGUUUUAUGUAUGAUUGUUCUUUCGACUGUUCUUUCGAUUGCUCAUUCUCUCUCUCUCUCUCUCUCUCUCUCUCUCUCUCUCUCUCUCUCUCUCUCUCUCUCCUCUCUCUCUCUCUCUCUCUCUCUGUCUCUUUCUAGAGCUGGGGUGAUCUCCUCCCUUGCAGCAGGUAGAUCUCUCACUCUGAGGUGGACAUCAGGUGUGGAAGGACGUUAUGUGACUGUGGUUCUACCAGGGACAGGAAGACAACUGACACUCUGUGAAGUAGAGGUUUAUGGGUAUCUCGCCCCAACUGGUAAGGAUAAGAGCUAUUACUUAAAUUCAUGCAUGUCGUUUUGGAAUUGUACAUGUUAUUAGCACAAGUAUUAUAAUGUAGGCACAUAUAGUGAAAAUUAAAUACAGAAAUAUCUCAUUUCAAUAAGUAUUCACACCCCUGAGUCAAUACAUGUUAGAAUCACCUUUGGCAGCGAUUACAGAUGUGAGUCUUUGCACACCUGGAUUGAACAAUAUUUGCCCAUUAUUCUUUUCAAAAUUCUUCAAGCUCUGUCAAAUUGGUUGUUGUGUCACGCCCUGGCUCUGGGGACUCUGUUAUGUUGAGCCAGGGUGUGUAGAGUCUAUGUUAUGUGUUUCUAUGUUGGCCGGGGUGGUUCUCAAUCAGAGGCAACGUGAAUCAGCUGUUGCUUGUUGUCUCUGAUUGGGAACCAUACUUAGGUAGUCGUUUGGCAUUUGUGUGGUGUGGUAUCUUGUUCCGUGUUGGUUUGUGUAUGUACCCAAGGACUUCACGUAUCGUUUUGUUGUUUUUGUUCGUGUGGUGAAAUAUAAAUAAAAGAUGUUCGCAUUCCACGCUGCGCAUUGGCCCGUUUCUUCAAAUGACGAUCGUGACAUGUUGAUUACUGCUAGACAACCAUUUUCAAGUCUUUCCAUAGAUUUUCAAGCAAAUCUAAGUUAAAACUGUAACUCGGCCACUCAGAAACCUUCACUGUCUUCUUGGUAAACAACUCCAGUGUAGAUUUGGUCUUGUGUUUUAGGUUAUUGCCCUGCUGAAAGGUGAUUUCAUCUCCCAGUGUCUGGUGGAAAGCAGACAUGUACCAGGUUUUCCUCUAGGAUUUUGCUUGUGCUUAGCCCCAUUCCAUUUAUUUUUUAUCCCGAAAAACUCCCCAGUCGUUAACGAUUACAAGCACACCCAUAACAUGAUGCAGCCACCACUAUGCUUGAAAAUAUGGAGAGUGGUAUUCAGUAAUGUGUUGUAUUGGAUUUUGCCCCAAACAUAACACUUUGUAUUCAGGACAGAAAGUUAAUUACUUUGCCACAUUUCUUGCAGUAUUACUUUAGUGCCGUGAUGCAAACAGGAUGCAUGUGUUGGAAUAUUUGUAUUCUGUACAGGCUUCUUUCUUUUCACUCUGUCAAUUAGGUUAGUAUUGUGGAGUAACUACAAUGUUGUUGAUCCAUCCUCAGUUUUCUCCUAUCAGAGCCAUUCAACUCCGUAACUAUUUAAAAGUCACCAUUGGCCUCAUGGUGAAAUCCCUGAGCGGUUUCCUUCCCCUCCGGCAACUGAGUUAGGAAGGACGCCUGUAUCUUUGUAGUGACUGGGUGUAUUGAUACAUCAUCCAAAGUAUAAUUAAUAACUUCACCAUGCUCAAAGGGAUAUCUGCUUGUUUUUUACCCAUCUACCAAUAGGUGCCCUUGUUUGCGAGUCUUUGAAAAACCUCCCUGUUCUUUGUGGUUGAAUUUGUGUUUGAAAUUCACUGCUCGACUGAGGGACCUUACAGAUAAUUGUAUGUGUGGGGUGCAGAGAUAAGGUAGUCAUUCAAAAAUCAUGUUAAACACUAUUUUUGAUUAAUGAUAAGAACCCGUCUGCGCUUUUUUAAGAAUCCUGAAAGAGAUGGAGAUACACACUGUCGAAAAAAAUAAAUAAAUCCAAAACUGAGGCUUGAAUGCAAAAUAAAUAUGUUUAUUAGAACACCAUGGUGCCCAAAAAAAAUCAUAAUUCAAGAAAGUACAUAAACAAAAGGUAAAAACAAAACCACAGUUUCGCCUCAGGCCUCAGGCCAUCAUCAAUGUAAAUCGUCGGCACACACACACCUGGCUUCUACUUCAAGGAUAAUUGCAUAUGUCACAUGAUCAAGAAAACGUAUCAGAAAAUCUAUAAAACAGAACCUAUUACAAUAGAAUGCAUGAUCUACAUUAUAGAUAAAAUAUACGCGGAAAGAGAAAUAUCAUCAAUUAUUACUUUUACAAAUAUCAUGUGAACAUUUCCUCAGAAUAAAUAACACAGGAUUGUAAGAGUUGGAGGCUAGAGACACCACUAGAUGAGGGUAUCGAACACCAACAAGAGACAGUAAACCAGUUACAGAAAACACAUCAAUAACAAUUCUUCGUUCAUGCCAGAUGGGUGGAGAGUUUUUAAAUAAAACAUCCAGCUGCAUUCUGUCUGGAGAAGACAUAAUUCAAGAUGACCACCUCUAUGUGAACGUUGUAUCUGCUGUAUAGCACAGAAGGACAUGGAAAAGACGGGGUGACCGGCCUCUGAGAAAUGACAUGCAAUAGGGGAUUUAGGUUCAUUUCUCCUUAUACUGAUGAUGGCCUGAGGCCGAAACACUUGUUUUGUUUUCACCUUUCAUUUAUGCACUUUCUUGCACUAAGAUUUUUUGGGCACAAUGAUGUUUUAAUAAACAUCUUUAUUUGUUUAUUAUUUUUUUCAAGCCUCAGUUUUGGAUGUAUUCCUUUUUUUGACAGGUCUCCAUCUCUCCCAAACACUAUUAUUGCACACAGAGUGAGUCCAUGCGACUUAUCAUGUGACUUGUUAAGCAAAUGUUUACUCCUGAACUUAUUUAGGCUUGCCAUAACAAAGGGGUUGAAUACUUAUUGGCUCAAGAUAUUUCAGCUUUUCAUUUUUUAUUAAUUUGUCAAUUUUGGGGAAAAACAUAAUUUCACUUUGACAUUAUGGGGUAUUGUGUGUAUGCCAGGGACAAACAAAUCUGAAUUGAAUCCAUUUUGAAUUCAGGUAGUAACACAACAAAAUGUGUUAAAAGUCAAGGGGUGUGGAUACUUUCUAAAGGCACUGUACUUUGUAUCCCUAAUUUACUCAAGUGUUUCCAUUAUCUUGGCAGUUACCUGUACAUAACACCUUCAUGAAACCAGUCAUAACAGCUUUAUUCAACAUAAUUCAUAAGAAAUGUUCAAAAUACUGUAAAGUCCCCUCGAUUAUAGCUCUUUAUUUAUCAGUUCAACAGAAAUUCAUAUUUUCACUGUAACAGUACCCAACCCACUGACACAUUAUUCACACAGCACCGGGUAAGCCUCAGAGAAUUACCCAGGUAGCAGUGAAGGGGUUUAUAUGCCUUGCUCAAGGCCACAAUGACAGUAAGGCAGGUGUGUCAAAAUCAACUCCUGGAGCAUGUGUCUAAUGGUUUUUGUUAUUUCCUUUCAAUUAGUAUCCAGUUAACACCUAGACAACCAGGUGAGUGGAGUUCCUAACUAAUCAAUGACCUUAAUUGAUUAAUAACAGAAGGCCCGAAUACCCGCAGACACUCUGCCCUCCAGGAAUUGGGUUUAACACACCUGCUUUAGGGGUUGCAAUCAGACCUGCUUUAGGGGUUGCAAUCAAAUUAUUAUCUUGCAAUGAAAACAUUUUAUUAUUUUUUAAGGUUCUUUAUGAAUGAUGUUGAAUAAAUGUGUUAUGAAGGUUGUUAUGAAUGAUACUGCAACAUUGACGAAGGGGUCAUUAAUGGUUUCAUAAAGGUGUUAUGAAUGCAUUAUGUAUACCCCCUUCAUAUAAAUUAGUACCGUUAUUAUAAAGUGUUUCACAGGACAAAUAGAUUUCUUCACAUUUCUGUCUAGGAAUGAAUGUGGCGAUGACAGGAAAGGCCACCCAGUCAUCAUUACAUGGGUUUGGGUUUGCUAACAAUGCUAUCGAUGGGAACCGAAAUGGUAUUUAUGAAGAUGGUACCUGCACCCACACCAAAGCCAACUAUAACGCCUGGUGGAGGGUGGACCUUCUGAAGACCUACAAAGUGUUCUCCAUCACCAUCACCAACACAGUCAGUGUUCCCAGCAGACUCGAUGGAGCUGAGAUUCGCAUUGGAGAUUCCCUGGAAAACAACAAUGGCAACAACAAUCCCAGGUGAACAAAAGUGUUCUUCGGCUGUCCCCAUAGGAGAACCCUUUGAAGAAUCCUUUUUGGUUCCAGGUAGAACCCUUUUGAGUUCCAUGUAAAACUAUAUACACAGAGGGUUCUACACAGAACCUAAAAUAGUUAUACCUGGAACCAAAAAGGGUUCUACCUGGAACCAAAACGGAUUCUUCAAAGGGUUCUCCUAUGGGGACAACUUUUGGAACCCUUUUUACUAAGAGUGUAGAGUCUAACUGACUAGAUUUGCUAAAGUGUGUGAGGUACAUGUGACAGUGUGCAAACGGUGUCAUAGAUACCUUUGCUGCAGUGACUUAUCAGUGUGUUUGAUUGUGCAGGUGUGCUGUGAUCUCCUCUAUACCCGGGGGCUUCUCCAACACCUUCCAGUGUAACGGCAUGGAAGGACGAUAUGUCAAUGUGGUCAUCCCAGGAAGAAGUGAAUACCUGAUUCUGUGUGAGGUGGAGGUCUAUGGGUCACCACUGGACUGACAGAUCCAGAGCAUUUAUUACCAAAAUGUAAUCUGGAGCACAGUAUACACUGUUUUCUGGGGGGGUUACAGGUACAAAGCAAAGAAAGUAACAAAAGUCUAAGUAAAUAUACAGUACAUCAUUGGUUUGUAUGUGUGGGGCUUUGGCUGAGAAUACUGACCUAUAUCACUGGUGACCUGGCUGCUCAAUUGUUCCUUGACUAGCACCAUGUCAUUUU